GGAAUUCCUGCAUCUAUUGGGGGGGGGAAGAUCAUGUCAAGAGGGACUAUCCGGACCUCAGGAGAGCCAUCGACGAGGGGCUUGUCAUGCUUGAUGAACGCAAGUACGUUAAGUGGGCAGACGAUUUAUGCAACGUAUCGAUGUUCCCUUCGAUGAAGGAGAACGUUGAGGUCAGGCGGGUGCGGCCGAGCAAAGAGAAGGAGGCGGCGAAGAGUCAGAGUGUCAGGAUGACGCUGCCCUGUGAGGAUGAGAUGCCAACCACGCCUAUCCGAGUCGCGACGACGAAGUCUGCAAGGGCUUCAUCGUCGAAGAAGGCCGACACGGACUAUGUGAUGGCAGAAAAAGACUGGCAGAGAAUUGAAGGAGAGGAAGUUAUACUUUCGCCACGCAAGCGCGGGGCUCAUAAAUUUACCAUGAAGAGCUCCUUAGACGAUAUUGAUACAGUGGAGCCUCUUAGGCGCGCACUUAGGCAACCUAUGCAAUACUCGAUACUAGAGUACUUGGCUGCUUUAAGACCCACGCGAGAUGAGCUUCAAAUGAUCACGCGUAAGACGCAUAUUCCUCUGGUCGAUGAAGUCCAGAUGACUUCUAAGCUAGAGGUACCCAUAGUAACAGUAUCGGGAGUAAGCGCAAAGGCCAAACGCGCGGCUACAGUCUAUUUGGACGGAAUGAAGGGGGUACCACCAGAUAAGUUUUACAUUCUAGGGAGUGGGACAGUUGAGAUCAUUCUCAACGAUGAGAUAGUUCUCCAAGGAGUGAUUGAUAAUGACAGUGGAGCUGUCAUCACAGACGAAGAGCUCGCCGUGCGAUUAGGAUUGAACCUGGACAUAUUCUGACUGUUUGAGAUGGAAACAGCCGAAGACGA